UGUACUUUAAUUUCUGGCCAUCUUGCAUAAAAGUUCAAGUCAAUACUUUCGUCCCCAUAAGAGUCCCUGUGAUUGCUGCUAGACAUUGGUUUCAAGACCACUGAAGGUAUGAAAGGGACUGGAACAAUAUCAGCUGCACCUGUUUUUUUUUUAUUUUCAUUUAAAGUUCUUCUUCCACAUGUUUUUACACUUUAACAUACUUCUGCCACGUAAAGCCGUGUACAACUGUCAUUCCAAUUGUCGUCUUUCUGUGGUGGACAGAACCUAAAUUAUUGUUACCAGCUGUGAAAGUUUGUUUUGUAGGUGGGCUUAAAGGUUACUGAUCUCUCUAAUUUGGCCUCUUUCUCCAUUUUUUUUUUUUGCGUACUAUUUUUUCCAUCUUCCUGCUUGUGGUCUGUGGUCUCCAUGGUGAUGAAAAAGCAGCUCUCCCUUGUUCUCCCUGUCUGUCCCCUCCUCCCUCUAUUGUCAGUCGCUUUUUUCUUUCUUUCUCUUUCUCUCGGUCCUCCGUCUCAGCCAGGUGUGUCUCGUCAGCCACCUAAUAGCCUACUUUCCACCUUUACCACCACUGCUGAGGUAACGAUGGCGACUAGCGCUGUGCCAAGUGACAACCUGCCAACGUACAAGCUGGUGGUGGUGGGGGAUGGUGGUGUUGGGAAGAGUGCCCUCACCAUCCAGUUUUUCCAGAAGAUCUUUGUGCCCGACUACGAUCCCACGAUAGAGGACUCGUAUCUUAAACACACAGAGAUAGAUGGACAAUGGGCGAUACUGGAUGUGCUGGACACAGCCGGCCAGGAGGAGUUCAGUGCAAUGAGGGAGCAGUAUAUGAGGACAGGAGAUGGCUUCCUCAUUGUUUACUCUGUGACAGACAAGGCCAGCUUUGAACAUGUUGACCGAUUCCAUCAACUAAUACUGCGGGUUAAAGACAGGGAGGCCUUCCCCAUGGUGUUGGUGGCAAACAAAGUGGAUUUGGUCCAUCUGAGAAAGGUCACCACUGACCAGGGCCAAGAGAUGGCUGCAAAACAUAAUAUAACUUAUAUCGAAACCAGUGCCAAGGAUCCUCCAAUGAAUGUGGACAAAGCCUUUCAUGAGCUGGUUCGUGUUAUAAGACAACAGGUUCCAGAGCGAAACCAGAAGAAGAAAAAGAAGAUGAAAUGGAGAGCAGAACGUUCCGCAAGUUCCCACAGGUUCCACUGUGCCAUAUUGUGACCUCCCUUGUCCUGUUGUUCAUUUGUAAUGUACACACACCCACAUGCACACCCUCACACCUUGGGAUGUCCCCAAAGGAACUCCCAGCAGUGGUUACCCACUGGAGCACAAACGUAAGGAGGGGGCGAUGGGCGUCGAAGUGAUUCUGAAAUGUUGGACUGACGUCCCCUCUUCCCUUCACAAUGCCUUGGAAUGAGUGCUAAACCAUCUCUCCUGACAAUUCAUGGUCCCUUUCAAAGGUCUUUACAUUCUUCCUGCCUGUAUUCAACACAGAACCACAGUAUGACUGAAGUGUUUCUCACUCUUGUGUAAUUUUUGAACUUAAUCUCAAAUGUGGCACAAGAUGAGAAUCUUAUCUUAAGAAUCACCCUGAUUGUUUGAACGUUUGUCUUCUGAAGAAAGGGAAGGAAAAGCGAUUGUUCUCCAACUCUAACCGCCUGAUGGUCAUCACCUUUCUAUCCUUGCACUCCCACAAUGUGUGAAAGCACCUGUGUGAUCAUUAGAUAUGCUGUCUUUGUCUCUUUUUUUUGUAGAAUGGACAUCAGAAUAGCACAACGGAUGAAUAUGAGAGUGGUGGCAGUGACUUUGGUAUUAAAAUAGAUGUCGUGAGGUGUUGUCAAUGAGUGACCUGUGAAUUAUCGGAGUGUAGCGUGCACCUUGUGGUCAUGUGAUGCUCCGGUUUAGAAACGUCAGUUCAGAGUGGAUGGAAGGAUGUGUCGCAGCGAGCGAAAGAAAUGUGACGUGGUGCCGAGAAAAUGUGUCAUAUCGACUGGCGGGUGAACAUUGUGGUCAUAUCAGCGUGUUGAAUUAGUGUCUCAAUAUUGUAAUUGUGAAGGACGGUGAGGUCGGUCGGUGUAUGUGGUUACACUUUAAUGUAAACAUAACAGGGUUUAUACCAACUUCUGCAGCCAUUUUUACAGAUGCUCUCACAAAUGGAUUGUUUUUUCCAUCAUGGAAACAGUAUAUCAAAGCCACUUUACAUAACUUGGAUAAUGAAGAUAAUUACGGUUAAUUUAGCUUGCCUCUUCAGUCCUGGCAUGAUGAGGGCAGUUUUCAUCAGUGCUGUAUGAACAAUAGCACUGCUAUUUUUUUAUGCGUCUUGUAGUCUUAACAGAUCCAAGUUGCUUUACUUUUUUUUGUAUCCAAAAAUACAGAAAACUACAGUUAUAUUUGUGAUAUAAUUAAAAAUGAUUAUAGGUGGCAUCAUAAACCAAUCGAAUGCUGUUUUACGAAAGGUCUGUAGGAAAUCCUUAAUGAAACAGAGUAGAUGAGGGAUAGCAAGAGCUUCACGUUUCAGGUGUGAAACAGGCUGGAGAAACUGAUUUGCACUGGCCACUAACCAAAAUAAUAUGAUGUCACUUUAAUCUUGGGGCUUUUCAGACUGUGCCGCUGUAUUCAGGACAAUGUUACAAGAAGAAUCAUUUGAGGAUACAUACUGCAGCCCUGGGAAUAUACCAGAGUUAGAAAGAGCCUGUCUGAACCAGGCAGCGUGAUGCUCCUGGGGCUUAAAGCCAUGUUAACCUAGCUACAGGCUAAGUUUAGUUGUAGGAAAACCACACACUCCAAGCAUCAAGACAUUCAGUAUAGUCGUUUUUGUAGCUCUGAGGUGGAUGGGAAUGUACAAUUUAAUAACCUAUGAAAUGGCUUGUACUGUUAACGCACUAAAGUUUCAGUGGACAACUUUUUUUUUUUCUUUUUUGUUUUUUUGUCUGGAUGAAUACAGUCUCUUGAAGGAGUACAUUUUUUGCACUUUUAAUACAAUUUCUGACUUUCCUAUUGGCAUGUUGCUUUCUGUUCAAAUAUGAAAGUGAAAUGAAAGGCACAGUCAAAACCAAUUUGAAUGUAAAAAUUGAAAAACAAAACCAGUAAAUAGGCUGAUUUGUGUUGUAGCCCUGCGUGCCUGCGUAUGCCUGAUGCCUUGGUGAUGAUUGUGGAAGGUGGAAUGUAAUCAUUCGGAAGGUAUUGAAAGAAAAGUUCUGUGUUACUCAGUUUUGAAUUAAGAAGGUCAAGAAUGAAAAAAAUGUUUUUCUUUUUUUUAUUUUUGGAUGGCAUACAAAUUCACCUCAGCAUGAACGUGGAAAAUCAACCUCAGCAACAGAAGAAAUACAGUAUUGAUUUACAUCUACUGUUAAAGGGACUUCACAGAAGGACAGAAAACAUUGAAGUACUGAUCAUUGAUCAAUGAAGCAACAGACUCUGAAUUGUGGGGGAGGAAAAUAAACAUUAAUGAAUGUGUUUGAUGAAAAUGUUGCAUCAUGUAUGUUUGAUACCAUUUUGUAUUAUUGAUAUGAAUUAUUGAUAUGAUUCUUGCAAAGUGUUUUUUAAACGACUGAAUAAUUUAUUACUGUCUGUGUUACCUCAGCGUGUCCCAGACCUGGACAAAAAGCUUAACUACACUUCCUUUUUUUUUCUUUGGGACUGUCAGUGAGUCAUAAGCCUUUUUUUCCCUCCCUUUGAGCCCCUAUUUAAAGAGACUUGUAAUGUGUUGUGGACCAAGAUGAAGAAACAGAGUCUCCUCCAGAAAAAGAACCUCUGCUUUGCUGGAGCUCAUGUGGACUGCACACAACAGUCAAAAGAAGAAAAGUUUCGAUGUGUGUGUUAGUUCCAUGCAAACAUUUCUUCCAGGAAGAGAUUGACAUUUUGAGAAAUUAAGUUAAUCAUAGUUUUGUUGUUGUUGAGAGCUAGACGAGAACACUGAUACAACUCUCACAAGCUAAAUAACACUCUAAUUUGAAUUUAGCUUAGCCUUGCACAGCGUGGAGACAGAGGGAAGCAGCUAGCCUAGCUCUGUCUGACAGUAAAAAAAUGAAAAAAAGCCAACCAGCGCCGCUAAUUGAGCGUGUUUAGUAUAUUUACUGUGUACAAAUUGCGGUUUUAUGUUCCAGAUUACUUGAAAUGGACCAAGCCGACUGUUUCCCCCUGUUCCAGUCUUUGUGCCAAGCUAAGCUUUGUAUUUACCAUGCAGAUAGGAGAACAGUCUUAAUGUUCUCCCCUAACCCCCCCCCCCCAAAAAAAAAUAAAAUAAAAUAAACAAAAGUAAAAAAGCACAUAUCCAAAAACAAGAUGUUGCUUAAUUCUUUUCACUGAGCUCAUGUACCAGCCAGGUGCAGGUGACUAUGUGACUAUUUAACUUUUUGGUUGGAGGUCCAAAAUACAGUUUGAAUUCAGAAAGUUACUUUUCUGUGACUGAAUCACUGAUUGCUGGUGCACAAAGAAACAUACUGAUUUAUCGCUCCGGCUUCACAUUUCAGGCAGACCAAAUACAAAUGCUGAAAGUGAACAUAAUGCAUCACUUAUUUGACCUUGGGUUAUAUGUGAGCUUUUGUUUUCAUUAAUUUGAGAGGUAGCGUUAUUUUAUUUUUUAAGUUACGCAACUGAUUUGAGUUGUGUAUGUCCUGAAACUUUGUCAACAUAUAAAGGGCCUUGUAGACUUAAAGUUUGGAUUAAAGAAAAAAAAUUGGAGUUGUCA